GGAAGGGGAACUUCCGCGAAGCGCUAGCUCCUUCUGCUUUAGCCAUUUAGAACCCACAGCUGUUCACCGGCAUCUCCUUUGCCUCCCUUGUCCCGGAGCUUCUGACGGCUUGAGCAAUCAUCAAGACAUGACAGAGCUGUUCUUAGGCCUUCAAUCUAAUCAGAAUCCAUCUACGACCCCUGAUGAUGAGGAUGACGUUUAGAGAGGACACAUGUAUCAUCUCCCUAUAUUAGAGUGCUGCUAUCCUGACAUCCGGGAGGCCACACUGUGGGUUCUACUGAGGCACUGUUACCUGGAAGUGACUCUGCAAUGGAUCAGGACAAUCGACCAACCAGCUUGCUGCUAUACAACUUCCUACAAUGUUCGAGUAACAUCCUUUUCCAGACGGAGCUGGAGGAUCUGGGCAGUGAGCUGACCAGGGUGGUCCUGCAGGGUCCUCAUUGGGAGGACGAAUAUGAGCUGCAGACAGAUGGCAAUCGGUGCUAUGUCGAGAUGCCCAGGCCAGGAGAGUUCGAAUCAGAUUCAGAACGCCAAGAGGAAGUUAUCCAGUGCAUAGCGAGACAGCUCGCCCAGAUGGGGGACAAAAUGGAAAACAGUAUCCAGCCCAACUUGGUAAAUGACCUGAUCCAGCACUUCAGGAACAUGCAUCUGGUAGCUGAGGAUAAGAGAAGAUGCCUGGCUUCUACUAUAGAAAAAGUGAUGGAAACACAGACAUUUCCUGUGGGCCUUGAGCAAGAGAAGGCUAAACUAUUGCUAACAAUGUUGUUGGCUAAAAAAGUUAUGACCCAUGCCCCAUCCUUGUUCCGAAGCAUCUUUUACAUCACUGUAGAUUACAUUAACCAGAAUCUCUUUCCCUACAUAAGGGAGUUAACUGAAAAUGCCAUGGACUGAAUGGAUUACCUUGCAAAGGCCAUGUACCCAAACAUUUGUACUAUUUAAAACCUGCUUUUUGGGAAUGCAGUCCAGUGUCUGAAGGAAUAAGAAGAGCAAAUAUUUUUAGAUGUUGUAUUGUAAGAAUAAAGAUAUUAUAAAUGUA